UUUGAACAACAAAACCAACGAACGAUAUGGAAUACGUCAAUGAUGACGAACUAUUGCGAGCUGCCGCGGAGCUCAACAGUUGCGGUGGUCUCGGGGAGCUCGCCGAGAAUCCAGCGCUCACUGCGCACGAUAACAACGUCGGCGAGGCCAAGCCUUUAUCCAUCGAAGAGAUGUUCGAUGCCGGUAUGGUUGACUUAAAAACCUUCAUCCGAGUGAAGAAGAAGCGACUGAAGACAGUGUCCUCGGCGCCCAAGAAGUUAACCCCAGUACUCCCUAGUAAACCCUCUGCUACGGCUGCGUCCUCGUCCUCGAGCACGUCUUCUUUGGUGGAUGCUGAGCCUCUGGUUCCCACGUUUAGUAACCCCCACCCCAUCUUCAGCGAUGCCAAUGUUCCCGGUCAGUUGAAGCCGCUGAUUCAAGAAGCGUUCGAAGCGACGAAGACCAAUAAGAAGAUCGAAUCAGCCCUCAACUUGGCUGCUAAUCCAUCCAGAUUCCUGGCAGCCUUCGACUCCAUCACGAGAAGAGCGGGCCAGGCGACGGAAGAUGCCAGGUUGAAGCGGUACUUCCAGGUUAUGGCUGUGUUAGGAAACCAUGACGAUGAUUGUGUUACUCCCAUACCACUGACAAAAUCACGAGCACUCAAGUUCUUGACCGCGUUGGUCGGCGACUCAAGUGGAAUAGCCACUUUCAGCAGUGCGGACGAUUAUUUGUAUUCGGUCAUCGGCAGACUGAGGUGCGUUAGACAUGGUUGCGCGUUAAGCGAAGCGGAC